AUGGGUAGUGUGUAUAAUAACAAGGGAGAGUACUCGAAAGCACUUUUCUUUUACGAAAAAACACAUGAAAUUCUUAAAAAAACUCUACCUUCAUAUCAUCGUGAUUUAGCUACUUCAUACAGCAACAUUGGUUCAGUAUGUAACUACAUGGGAGAGUACCCAAAAGCACUCUCAUUUUUCGAAAAAUCACUUGAAAUCUAUGGAACCAGUCUUCCAUCGAAUCAUCCUUCAUUGGCUACUACAUACAACAACAUGGGUAGUGUGUACGGCCACAUGGGACAGUAUUCUAAAGCACUUUCAUUUUAUGAAAAAUCACUUGAAAUUCGAGAAAAAAUUCUUCCUUCAAAUCAUCCUUCAUUGGCUGAUUCAUACAAAAACAUCGGUAGUGUGUAUAACGACAUAGGAGAUUACUCGAAAGUACUUUCAUAUUACGAAAAAGCACUCGAAAUUCGACAAAGAAGUCUUCCUUUGAAUCAUCCUUCAUUGGCUACUUCAUAUCGCAACAUCGGUUUGGUGUAUGACAAUAUGGGAGAGUACUCGAACGUACUUUCAUUUCACGAAAAAUCAUUGAAAAUAUAUGAAAUAACUGUUUCUUCAAAUCGUCCUCCAUUGGCUAAUUCAUACAACGACAUUGCUAGUAUCGACAUUAGUUUCUUAAAUAACGAUAUGAGAGUGUACUCGCAGGCACUUUCAUUUUACGAAAAAGAGCUGGAAAGUCGAAUAAAAACUCUUCCUUCAAAUCACCCUGAUUUGGCUAGUUCAUACAACAACAUCGGUUGGGUGUAUAAAAACAUGGGAAAGUAUUCGAAAGCACUUUCACAUUACGAAAAAUCGCUUGAAAUUCGAGAAAAAACUCUUCCUUCAAAUCAUCCUUCAUUGGCUAUUUUAUACAGCAACAUCGGUGGUAUGUAUGACGAGGUAGGAGAGUACUCGAGAGCACUUUCAUUUUACGAAAAAGAGCUAGAAAGUCAAAUAAAAACUCUUCCUUUAAAUCGUCCUUCAUUGGCCACUUUAUACAAUAACAUCGGUUUCGUGUAUAACAAAAUGGGAGAGUAUUCGAAAGCGCUUUCGUUUUACCAGAAAUUACUUGAAAUUGAGGAAAAAACUCUCUCUUCAAAUCAUCCUGAUUUGGCUGCUUCACACAAUAACAUCGGUAGUGUGUAUGAUGACAUGGGAGAGUACUCGAAAGCACUUUUAUCACACGAAAAAGCACUUGAAAUUCGACAAAAAACUCUUCCUUCAAAUCAUCCUGAUUUGGCUACUUCGUACAGCAACAUCGGUUCGGUGUAUAACAAUAUGGGAGAGUACUCGAAAGCACUUUCAUUUUACGAAAGAUCACUGGAAAUUCAGCAGAAAAGUCUUCCUUCAGAUCACCCUGAUUUGGCCGUUUCAUACAACAUCAUCGGUUUGUUGUAUAGCAAAUUGGGAGCGUACUCGGUCGCACUUCCAUUUUACGAAAAAGCACUUGAAAUUGAACAAGGAACUCUUUCUUCAAAUCAUCCUGAUUUAGCUACUUUAUACAGCAACAUCGGUUUAGUGUAUAACAACAUGGGAGAAUACUCCAAAACACUUUCGUAUUAUGAACGUGCUCUAGACAUACGGCAACAUGCAUUGCCUCCCACACAUCCUAGUAUUAAAGUCGUGAAAGAGUGCAUUGAAGUUGUUAAAAAGAAAUUAUAA